AUGGUGAAUGUACGUAGGGUUUACAGUGACGAGGACAAAAGAAUAAUUCUCGCAGUCCUCUUGCGUAAAACAAAGCCAACAGUGUUGAGUAACGGUGUAACCAAGGAAGUUGCGGCACAGUUUAUGGUACCAUUGCGAGUUGUGCAACGUGUAUGGUUUGAUCAUCUUCAAGGUAUUGAGAAUGUUUGCAACAAGAAGCCUCUGAAUUGUUGGUGUAAAAGAGUUGAAGUUGACCCCCAAGCCAUCAUGCAAAUUCCUCCAUCCAAGAGGACAACUUUGAAGGACCUUGCUAAUGAGCUGGGCAUAUCAAAGUCCACCUUGCAUAGGAGGUUCAAGGAGAAGGAGUUUAGGAGGCAUUCAAAUGCCAUCAAACCUCGUAUCACGGAUGAUAACAAGAAAGCAAGGGUCCGCUAUGCACUCUCUAUGCUAGACCCGGACAGCGAAGAUCCUAAGUUUCAGGGCAUGUAUAACAUCGUACAUAUGGAUGAGAAGUGGUUUUAUAAAACCAAGGGUUCUCAAAAUUAUUAUUUGGCCAAUGAAGAGGAGGAACCUUACAGAUCAUGUCAAAGUAAGCACUACAUUGACAAGGUCAUGUUUCUUUGCGUCGUGGGUAGACCAAGAUAUGAUGAUGAUGGUAAUUGUACUUUUGAUGGUAAAAUUGGUAUGUUCCCAUUUGUGACCGAGAAGCCGGCGGAACGUCGAAGUGGCAACCGCCCGAGGGGAACAAUGGAAACUAAGCCAUUGAAUGUUAAACGUCAAGUUGAACAAGCUUGGAACGAGUACCCGGCUGAGAGGAGUAACCGUGUCUUCUUGACACAUCAAACGUGCAUGGUGGAGGUCAUGAAGCUAAUGGGGGAGCACCGGUACAAGAUCCCUCACAUAAGGAAGGGGGUUCUCCAAAGUUUAGGGAUACUACCUGAAGUGCUAAAUGUUGAUCCCGCAAUUGUAAACGUGGCUAGAGAGUAUGUAAAUGCGGAGUAG